GACUGCACGAACGCGUAGUUUUAUCAUUUGUCUAUUUCCAUUGCCAUUAAUGUUUUCCAAUCUCCACCACUCUCUCUCUCUCUCGUCUCUCUCUCUCUCUGCAAGUUUGCAACGCGAUGUCCCUGAGGAGGUCCUUCUUCUCUCGUAGAUUCUCCAGGUCUUUCAAGGAACUGAAUGAGAAGAGCGGGCGCGUUCGCGACUCGGACGAGGCGGUUGGGUCGGGCAGGGGAGGAGGGGCGGGCCAGCCCGACCGCUCAUGGGCCGGAAUGCUCCCUGAGCUACUGGCAGAGAUCAUACAGCGUGUGGAGAGGAGUGAUGGCGACCUCCGCCAAAACAUCGUCGCUUGCGCCUGCGUUUGCAAGAAGUGGAGACAGAUCACCAAAGAGAUCGUUCCUUCCCCUUCCCUGACCGGCAUAAUCACUUUCCCUUCUUGCCUCAAAAAGCCGGGACCGCGAGAGCUUCCACAUCAAUGUCUUAUAAAACGGAACAAGAAGACGUCAACAUUUUACCUCUAUCUUUCCCUUACACCGUCAUUCACGGAUAAGGGAAAGUUUCUCUUGGCAGCACGAAAGUAUAGGAACGGUGCUCACACUGAAUAUAUUAUUUCACUUGAUGCUGAUGACCUAUCUCAAGGAAGUAAUGCUUAUGUUGGAAAGUUAAGUUCGGACUUUCUUGGCACGAAUUUUGCAAUUUAUGACAGCCAACCACCACAUAGUGGCGCAAAACCCUCAAUUAGCAGAAGCAGCCGUCGUUUUGCAAGCAAACAAAUUAGUCCCCAAGUUCCAGCUGGGAAUUUUGAGGUUGGGCAGGUCUCUUAUAAGUUCAACAUUUUGAAACCUAGAGGACCAAGGAGAAUGGUUUGUUCGCUGAAGUGCUCAUCGCAAGGAGAAGCUGCUUAUGACAGGUCUCUGAGUCUGGGCAAAUGCAAUAUGAAGAAACUUGAAUCUACUGGUUCUGGAUGUACAAUUUUGAGGAACAAAGCUCCAAGGUGGCACGAACAUUUGCAGUGCUGGUGUUUGAAUUUCCAUGGCCGGGUGACAGUAGCAUCCGUGAAGAAUUUUCAACUGGUUGCAAUAGCAGAUCAAAGUCAGCCAGGAGGAAAAGGAGAUGAGGAAACAGUUCUCCUUCAGUUUGGGAAGGUAGGGGACGAUACCUUCACCAUGGAUUACAGGCAGCCCUUGUCAGCUUUCCAGGCAUUUGCAAUUUGCCUAACUAGCUUUGGUACGAAACUGGCGUGCGAGUAAAAUAUAUAUUAUUAUAUUCUGCUGUAUUUAUGUUUAUUAAACAUGUGGUGUCUUGGACGUUGAAUUAAUUGUCUUCUGCUUUACACCGAUAUCUAUAGGUUUGAGUGGCUGGGGAGUUUGUGAUGUAAAUGUUGCUAUUUUAUGAUUAUGACAUGGCUUCCGCUGAAAUUAUUAGUAGCAAACAAACUUUAUUGUCA